AUGGCCACUACGUCACGGGGUACGAUUCCAGAAGAAUAUUUGGAUCACGAAUGUAUACAUUGUCAUCGUUAUGCGUUCAGACAUGAUGACAAUACACAAAGAGCGGCACGAUCAAUAAAAAUGCAAGAUCGUGGUGUUGAUAAUAGUACGCCACAAAACAGGCCGUCACAAAUUUUCCAUCAAACCACAUGGAACAGCAAUACAAACUCUCACGAGUCAAGUGUUCAUCAAGAAACAGAUUGCAUUAAAAUUGUUUGUAUUGCAGAUACACAUAAUGGUCAUCGCGAUCCUGGCUUUAAUCAGAAACUUCGACAGAUAUGUGGAGAUAUUUUGAUUCAUGCUGGCGACUUCAGCAACAGAGGAACAAUAUCAGAGAUCACAGAUGUUUUCGAUUGGUUAUCUAAAUUGGAUAACUUCAAAUAUAAAGUCGUUAUCGCCGGUAAUAUGGAUGGUAUUGGUUUAGAUAAGGGCGAUCGUCAUAACGCAGACUACAUGCGCCAAUAUUUUAGGGGGUUUCCCGAAAAUAUUAUUUAUUUAGAAAAUAAUAUGAAGAAUGUUCUAGGAAUUAAUAUCUAUGGUUGUCCAUACACACCACAAUUUUAUGGCGGUUUUCAAUAUAUACCAAAAUCAUUACAAGCAACACGACUAUGGAAUCAAAUUCCAGAGGAUUGUGAUAUUCUAGUUUCACAUGGACCACCUUCUGAUGUUCUCGAUAAAACUUCAAAAGGUCAACAUGUUGGCUGUAACGUUUUGCGACAAGCAAUCCAACAAAGACCACGUUUGAAAGCUGUUGUUUUUGGUCACAUUCAUCAUUCCUUUGGCUGCCAAUUGAUAGAAAAUAAAUGGUUUAUUAACGCGGCACAGUAUAAUGGCAUCUUCCAUCGUGAUCGUGAAAAUCAACCAUUUGAAAUUAUGAUGAGACGUGAUGAUAAAAAGAUUGCAAAUGUAAGUGCAGCCCGCUCCACGAUGCCCGAAAAACCCCUACUAACAACCACUUUUCAUGCAACUCCAUAUGGAUCGAAUUGCGAUGCAUGUUUAUAUAGAGCAACAUCCCACUGAAGGAUACAAAAAAAAUUUUACAAACAUACACAGAGUGAAUAAUAUUUACCGUUAUUUUUUCUAAUAUAAUUCUGAAAGUUCAACAAAUAUGAUCACAAUUUAUCAGUGUACAAGUAACACUCGUCUGCGAGACUCGCUUGACCCUCGACUGAAUAUUUGACAGCUUCGAUAUUUUUGUGGUUACACACCACUGUCGUAACCUAGAGACUUACAUAUGUAGCUGAUUGUGUGAGUGUAGGGAUGUGCAGUGUCGGUAUAAACACUGAAAAACUGACCACUGAGUACACCGACGGUAUAUCUAGUGGAGCACCGACUACACUGCCGCCGACGUCACUGACACCGACUUCACCGACUACG